UCAUUAUUCCUUAGGACACACUCUAAACGGCUAAAUCAACCCUAACCCAGAAUCCCCGCCUCUCUCUGAGCCCUUCUAGUGUUUCUCUCUAAAGCCCCUUUUUCCUUAUAAUUUUUGCUCUCUUUUUUCUUUUCUUUUUUAGUAUAUUUAAGGAAAUUUUGUGUUUGGGAAAAAUGGAGGUGGGUAAAUUUAGCUAUUGUUCUUUGAGGAAGCAGCUAAUGGCGUGUUCAAUUGUGGAAGUUGCAGUAGUGUCCCUUUUGGCUGCUCAAAAGUCUCUUGCUUGCCUUCUCAUGCUGACAGGAACUCUGUUGAAUGAUAUUGACGGGCUGCCAAACUUGGUUGAGAAAAGGUUUCCCAUGGAUGAUCUUCAUAGAUUGGAAAAGCCUGGACUUGAGAACAACGAUGCCGGUGAUCCAGAGGACAACGAUGAAGGUGAAGACGAAGAUGAUGAUCAGGAUGAUGAUGAUGCUGGCGAUGAAGACUUUUCAGGGGGUGAAGAAGGGGGAGAUGAUGAAGAAGAAGUGGAUCCUGAGGAUGAUCCCGAGGCUAAUGGCAACGAAGGCAGUGAUGAUGAGGACGAUGAUGACGACGAUGAUGGUGAUGACGACGAGGAUGGUGAGGAUGAUGAGGAAGAAGAGGAGGAAGAGGAGGAUCAACCACCAGCUAAGAAGAGGAAGUGAAUAGUUUGUAGACGUUAAUUCUGCGCCACUCUUGGUUGGGUGUAUUUAAAAGUAGAAGGGAGGUUUAGCUUGUUUGUCUUCAUAGAGUAGGAAAGUGAUAGCCAUGAUUAGAAUGAACCGCUUAUCAUUAUGUGACUUUUUUUAUGUUCCCUCUUGUGGAUUGACUGGGUAUCCUGGAUCUUUAUUGGUUGUACUAUUUUUAUGUGAAUUUUGCAUUUAAAUAAGGAAGAUGGCCUAUUUAUCA